AGAAGGAGGGGCUGGGACCUGGGCUCCCGAGCCCGAGGGAGGAGGGCCUGGGGACCCGGAUCCUUCCCCCAACACACCCCUCUACUUAAAGGCCAGCCGAGGCGCUCCGCCCUCUCCCGCCCCGGGUUCACCCCGAACCCUGCGGAGGAGCCGGGACAGUCAGUCACCCAGACCCGAGCGAUGGAGGAGGUGCGGGAAGGACCGGAGCUCGGCGGCGGGAUCGAGGAACCCGCGAGCCCCCAGGAGCCGGCGUCGCCGCCCCCGCCCCCGUCGCCGCCUUCGCCCGCGGCCCCCGAGACCCCCGGGCUCCCCGCGCCCGAGUCGCCAACCGAGGCCCACGCGCGGCAGCUGCUGCUGCAGGAGUGGGCGCCGCCGAGGGGGAGUCUGGAGCUGCCCCCGCGCCUCACCUGGAAGCUGCUGUUCCUGCGGCGGCCGCUCUACCGCAACCUGCUGCGCUCGCCCAACCCCGAAGGCAUCAACAUUUAUGAGCCAGCUCCCCCUACCGGUCCCACCCAGCAACCCCUGGAGGCUCUGGGCAAUUUCCGCGGCUGGCACAUCAGGACUGAGAAACUCCAACAGAACCUCAGCUGGACGGUGAAGCAGCAGUGCGUGGACCUUCUGGCCGAGGGCUUGUGGGAGGAGCUCCUGGACGAUGAGCAGCCGCGUAUCACGGUCAUGGACUGGUUCGAGGACAGCCGACUGGACGCGUGUGUGUAUGAGCUGCACGUCUGGCUGCUGGCCGCUGACCGCAGCACAGUCAUCGCCCAGCACCACGUGGCCCCCCGCACCUCUGGGAGAGGCCCUCCCGGCCACUGGGUCCAGGUGUCCCACGUAUUCCGCCAGUACGGCCCCGGCGUCCGCUUUGUCCACUUCCUGCACAAGACCAAGAACCGGAUGGAGCGUGGUGGGCUGCGGCGGACUAGGGUGACCGACUCUUCUGUGUCCGUGCAAUUCCGGGAGUGAUUGGCUGACCCUGGGUCCCUCCUGACCUCUUAUAUGAUGAUACAAGAUACCAACCCCUCAGCAACUUCUUAUUCCCUUAUCACUUCUGAUAUCUUAGCAUCUCUCUGAUCCCCUAGCAGCUCCUGAAGCCUUAGAAGUCCCUAACCCUUAGUACCUCCUGACCCUGAGGCUCCACCAUGUUCCCUGAGCAUCCCCCUUCCCCCUUUAUACCCUCCUGUCCCCUUGGCUGCUCCUGGAUCACAUACUACCUCCUAUGCCCUGUAAUCCUGCCUGGCCCCUGGCUUCUCAGUUGCAUCUUCACACAUCUUUGAAUGUCUGUCUUGCUGGCAUCUUUGCUGCACUCUGCAUGAGGGCAGUGGCCACUUCUUCCUGAGUCAGUGCUUGACAAGAUAAUAGGGGCUCAAUAAACCUUUGUUGGCUGAAUGAAUAAAUACAUGUGCCCAAGGAAUGCUGUCUCCCUGGUGUUUGCUCCUUAGAACUUCACCGAGUUCACGUCCCACUUGCAUGUCCUCUAAUCCUUGAUCUCCAGCGCCUCCCUUGACCUCUGAUCUCUUAUGUUCCAAAUUUAUGGCCUCAUAGCAUCUCUACUGGAGAAGGCAAUGGCAACCCACUCCAGUACUCUUGCCUGGAAAAUCCCAUGGACGGAGGAGCCUGGUGGGCUGCAGUCCAUGGGGUUGCUAAGAGUCGGAUACGACUG